AUGGAUAACAUCUCUCAUAAUAGAAGAGUGGAGUAUGAAUGUGGCUGUAAUGAAUGGUGGCCGUUGAGUAAUUUGUUUUUCUGUUGUCAUUGCUCAAAAACGAGAUGUCAUAGUUGUGCCUAUGUAGAAAUCGAUCAAAUGUUUUGCUCCAACUGCUUAGAAACUGUUCCUCCUGGAGAGGCUAGACUCAAGCGUAAUCGUUGUCAUAAUUGUCAUCAAUGCCCCGUCUGUGAAACAAUUCUCUUUGUUCGAGCAGUUGGAGAAAAUACAUUUUUAACAUGCGGAACAUGUCGCUGGACAACAAAAGACAGUGAUAUUCCUUUUCAAACAACUAGCACCAAUUGGCCAAUGAGAGAAAAUCCAUUAGAAAAAGAGCUUAAUUUAGUGGAAGACCAACUUCGAGGGUUUGCCCUGAUAGAGAAAUCCAAAAGAGAUACCAUGAAAUUCAGCAAAAGGCGAUCCAACACUGCUUCUUCGCUAACUUUAACAGAUCGUUAUAAUCUACAAUUCUCUUAUCAAAAAAGAAAAAAGACUAUGGAAAAGCCAACAGUGGAAGCUCCUAUUCAUGAAGCUUCUGAGGAGGUUCCUGAACUGGAUAUCAACGAAGUUUGUUCCAACAAACGAGAAAUUCUCCCAUUGGAAACUUUAAUAAGACAACCUUUGGAUUAUGAGCAGCCUCUGCGCCCUGUUCGUAUGUUAUUAACCCCUAGAAAAGCUAUUAGGUGCAAGGAAUGUGACCACAAUGUCAUUAAGCUGGACCACGGACCAUGUGCUUUCAAAUACAAAGUCCAAUAUUUCGCCAGAAAUUACAUCCCGGAAGUUAAGCUAUCUAGAGAACCUGAGCUCUUGAGGGAUCAGUCCACGAUAGUAUUUCUAUCUAUAGCCAAUCAAAGCAUGGAUAAAAUAGAUGUUAAAUUAGAACAUCAGAGUGAUUCCAAAGAGCAAGCGAAGUUCAAAAUGGAGCCCAUUGAGCUUUCUUUGCCGCCCGCAGAUGAAGCAGCAGACUUGUGUGAAACACCCCUCCCUACAACUAGAAUCGAUACAAAUACUGAUCCAGUAGUUUUCCGUCGUCGUCAUCGUGUUGGGGUCCGAUUAGAAGCGGAUUGUUCGAAUAGCACUGUUCUAGGGAUUCGAUUAUCAUAUAGAAGCGAGCUCUUAUCAAUGCAAACGGAGAAAAGUCCUCCAGAAUGGUUAUUCUCAAACAUUCGAGUUCAUUUAACAAAUUAA